ACAACAACAACAAGAAGAAGAAAAAAAUUUACCUUCUUCACCUGUGGAUAAGACAACACCAAAGGCAAUAGAUAACAACAAUAAAAUCAAUACGGAACUGGAUAAUGAUGAUGAAAAGGAAAUCAAAGAAACAAAGGAUUCCAAGUUUAUGCUUCCCUUUUCUGUACCUACCUCUGCAACACAUGGAACAACAACAGCAACAACAACAUCGACAAAUGGCCAACAUUCAUCAUCCAAAUAUGAACAUACUGUGAAAGAACGUUCAUUGGUUCCCAUCAUUCCUGAGUCAUGGAUGAAUAUUCUUGACAAAGGUCAUACCAACCCUUAGAUAGUUCAUUCCUCCCUUUUUUUAUCUUCUCCCAUCUUCUUUUAUGUACAUUUUUUUUUUUUUUAUUUCCCUUUCAUCUAUUUUGUACACAAACACUAGUUUUUUUGUUUCCUUCUCCUCAUCAAACUUUUUUUUUUAUUAUUAUUACUUACCCCUGUAUGAUUUCCUUUAUGAUUCUCUUCUCUAUAUAUUCAUGAUCAACAAAAAUAACCCCUGUCUAAUAUACGAUGAUUAAAAAAAAAAAAAGAUAAUAUCCAUCUGUUCUAGUUGUCAUUCUUUUUCCAAAAUCGGAAAAGUAAAGUGAUCAUAUAUCAUCUUUCACAUUUACCAAUAAAAGCAAACCUUUCAUAG